AAUAUCUUCUCCGUUUGAAUACGGAACACAAUCUUGAGAAAGUCAGUCACGCGCUUUUAAUUUUCAGCGGGGAAGAAUCAUAAUCCCAAAUCCAAUCCAAUCUCCAAAUCAAAUCAAAUUCUAUUAUUAUUUUUUUUUUUGUUACAUAUCCACAAAAUCUCAAUUUUGGUUUCGAACUUUUUCAACUAUCUACAACAAAUUCGCCUUUUCUGCGUAAUUGUCAAUUCAUCAGCGUUUUCAGAUGAGCGAUAUGCAGGGUCAGUUGGUUUGCAGUGGGUGUAGGACUACCCUUCUUUAUCCCAGAGGAGCUGCGAACAUUUGCUGCUCAUUGUGUAAUGCAGUUACUUCUGUCCCCCUACCCGGGAUGGAAAUGGCUCGGCUGAUAUGUGGAGGCUGCCGCACCUUACUUAUGCAUGCAUGGGGAGCCACCAGUGUCAGAUGUUCCUGCUGUCACACAGUGAAUCUUGUGCCAGCAUCUAAUCCUGUCGCUCAUGUUAGCUGUGGUAACUGUCGUACCACUCUGAUGUAUCCAGCAGGAGCCCCUUCGGUCAAAUGUGCAAUUUGUCACUGCAUUACAAAUGUCAAUGCUUAUAACACGAUGAGUGAUACAAGGGUCCCGGCUCCUGUGCAUAGACCUGGUGGGAACCCUCCAUCUGCUUCAACACCAUCUACUUCCACGGCAACAGCCCAUUCGCAGAAUCAAACAGUCGUCGUUCAGAAUCCCAUGACCGUUGAUGAAAGUGGAAAGCUGGUGAGCAAUGUUGUUGUUGGCGUCACAACAUAGGAAUGUUAAUGAUAUGUAAUAUCUACGAUUGGUUCUCAUAGUGGAUGGUCGUUUCGGACUUGUUUGAUUUCAACUUGAUAUAGAGUCAUUUUAUGCAGGUUGGGAUUGGCCAUUAUGAGUUUGGAAAUACAAUACUGCAAGUUGUAAGUUUUGUAAGAAACUCGAUUUUUCUUUUGGUAGUUAAUGAAGAGGACAGCUAGUGGGAAGUGAUUUUUCAGUCAUUUACUAGUGUGCUACUUAAUAAUUGUUUUGAUAUUAAUACAUUGUAAAUUAGUGGGGUGAAUGUGUUCAUGUCACGAAGUUGUAUGAAGACUUAAAAACUUAUUGUGUGAUAUAAUUUGCCUUUUAUAA